AUGGCUCCAACGCGGGCAGCCUCGCAUGCCGGUAGCUGGUACACCGACGAUGCCGACGAGCUCGACGCGUCGCUCUCGGACUGGCUAGAAGACGUUGACGCCAACUCGCUUCCCAAGCCGCUCUCCGUCUGCCAGCGCUCUUUUGCCCCCGAUGCGCUACCAUUACCUGUCCCGGCAUCACGAGCCAUCAUUGGCCCGCAUGCAGGCUUCUCGUACUCGGGCCCUGCAGCCGCCUACGCCUAUCGCACCAUCGACACCUCGUCCGUCUCGACCGUCUUCAUCCUCGGGCCUUCGCAUCAUGUCUACCUAGACGGAUGUGCUGUCUCUGCGUGCGAGCAAUACACGACGCCGCUGGGCAACCUUCCGAUCAAUCGCAAGGUUACGGAUGACUUGAAGGCUACGGGCAAGUUUAGCGUCAUGUCGCAGACGGAGGACGAGGAUGAACACAGCAUCGAGAUGCACCUCCCGUAUAUUUACAAGGUCUUCGAGGGGAAACAGGUACAGAUUGUGCCGAUCUUGGUAGGGGCGAUCAAUACGAGCAAGGAGAGCGAGUAUGGCAUGCUGCUGGCGCCGUAUCUAGCCGAUCCGAGCAACUUUUUCGUGGUUUCCAGUGACUUUUGCCAUUGGGGGUUGCGGUUCAGGUAUACCCACUACAGGCCUUCGGGCUCGAGUCUAGCCACGCAGCUGUCCAACAGAUCGCCACCUUCCCUCCUGGAGACCAAACCCAUCCACCAGAGUAUCCGGGAACUCGACGAAACAGGCAUCCUUGCCAUCACCUAUCCGUGGACUGACGCAGCCGGUGAAGGCAAAACCGCGGAACAGGCACGACUCGCAUUCGCACAGUACCUCAGCUCGACGAAAAACACAGUGUGUGGACGACACCCGAUCGGCGUACUCCUCGCGGCGCUGGCAGAGCUGGAAAAGUCCCACGAUGUCAAGUCGGAAUGCAGGUUUACGAGGUACGAACAGAGUAGCCAGUGUUUUACUCCGCAGGACUCGUCCGUCUCGUAUGCUUCGGCUUUUGUCCGCUUUCGCGAGUGA